AUCACGAGCCAAAGCCGUGCUGCACAUGGCUAGCCGACUGCUAAAAAUCUCCGCUGGAGUUUUUGGCGCUGGAGUUUUUUCCUCAUCUGGAUACUACCUCUACCACCAGAAGAUUGAGCUCAAUGACCUCAGCAUCGUCAGAUUUGGCAGGGCGGCUGCGACGACGGCCGUCAUCAGCUAUGACUACCUCACCGCUUUCAGGAAUCUUCCUUAUGGGACAGAAAACUACUGGGAAAUCAGAUCCCAGGUCCACAAACGCUCGGCUGAGAAGCUCAGGGACGUCUGCUGUGCUAAUCGCGGCACCUUCAUCAAGGUAGGGCAACACCUGGGUGCUCUGGACUACCUGCUGCCUGAAGAAUACACCAGCACGCUGAAGAUCCUGCACAGCCGAGCACCUCAGAGCAGCAUGGAGGAGAUCCAGCAGGUCAUCAGAGAAGAUCUGGGGAAGGAGCUGGAGCAGUUGUUCAUCAGCUUUGAAGAGAAACCCCAUGGAGCAGCUUCUUUAGCCCAGGUUCACAAAGCGGUCCUGCCUGAUGGGAGGACUGUAGCCGUCAAAGUGCAGCAUCCAAAGGUCCAGGCCCAGAGCUCCAAGGACAUUGUUGUGAUGGAGUUCUUAUUACAGGUGGUCCACUGGCUGUUCCCUGACUUUGCGUUCAUGUGGCUGGUGGAGGAGGCUAAGCGGAACAUGCCUCUGGAGCUUGACUUCCUGAACGAAGGCAGAAAUGCUGAGAAAGUGGCCAGCAUGCUCAAACAGUUUGACUUUCUUAAGGUGCCCAAAAUCCACUGGGACCUUUCAACCAAGCGUGUUCUGACCAUGGACUUUGUGGAAGGAGGGCAGGUCAAUGAUCGGGAGUACAUGAGGAGACACAGCAUAGACGUCAAUGAGAUCUCGCGGAACUUGGGUAAAAUGUACAGCGAGAUGAUAUUUGUGAACGGCUUUGUGCAUUGUGACCCCCACCCGGGUAACGUGCUGGUGAGAAAGUGCCCGAAAAGCAAUAAGACGGAAAUUGUUUUACUCGAUCACGGCUUGUAUCAGAUGCUGAACCAGGACUUCCGCAUGGACUACUGCAGACUGUGGCAGAGUUUGAUAAAGGGGGACAUGAAGGGCAUCGAGCGGUACAGCAGGCGACUGGGGGCUGGUGACCUGUACCCUCUGUUCGCCUGCGUCCUCACCGCCCGCUCCUGGACCUCCGUCAGCACAGGAAUCAGCCAGACGCCCGUCACUCACUCUGAGGAUGUGGAGAUCCGUACGAACGCAACCCUGUACCUCCCUCAGAUCAGUGAGCUGUUGAACAGAGUGCCCCGGCAGAUGCUGCUGCUGCUGAAGACUAACGACCUGCUGCGGGGUAUCGAGACCGUCCUGCAGACCCGCGCCAGCUCCAGCUCCUUCCUCAACAUGUCCCGCUGCUGCGCUCGCGCCAUCGCCAGGUAUAAAAGAAGCAAGACCAAUUCGAGGACCCGGCAGCUGCAGAUAUCGUUAUCAGAGACUGUUACUCUGUGGCAGAUCAGCCUGUAUGAACUCAUGCUGUGGAUCCGGAGCUCAGUGUUAGCCAGCUGGAUCUACUCCCUGCUCAGCUAUUUGCCCUACACACACUGACCGACCCAGACAAGAGCCAGUCCACUGCCUGCCUCUCAAACAUACAGACUUACAUCACUACUAGCUUGGCUAAAGAUGAAUGGAGAGGUAAUGCUGCUGGAGAAGUGUUGUCCUAGCAGGUGAUCUGAGGUCAGCUUCACAGUGGCUGCUGUAUGUCAGAGGGUCAGCAAUCAGUAGGUCAGUGAGUUUUUAAUGUUAACAAUUAUGUAAUAUAAGCCACAAGAUGAAAUGCAGGAGACUUAAUGCUGAAGAAAACAUAGUAUAUGUACACUCAUUGACAAAAAACGUAAUGCACCUAGAAGAAGAUAUGUUAUAUGUAAUAAAACGUUAUGUGUGUUAACCUAUUAACAUGCCUUGACCUAUAUACUGGCUACAGGUGUAGGUGAUACAAAAGCCUUUUUCUCUGCAGUAAAAUAACUUAUUUACACUCUAAAAAAAUGUGACGGCUUUCACAUCUCCUACAGAACACUUAAAGAAGCUGCCUGUUUCUUCUCUACUUUACUUAAUAAUUGCAAAUCAGUAGCAGGAAUCAAUCCAAAUUCUGCAGGUUUGAAAACAGACAUUAAAAACUAGACAAACAAAAUGAAACGAAAGGUUCGGAGGCCAUACACUGGUUGAUUUGUAUUUAGGAUUUGUAUUGAUUUCAAAAUAAAGUUCAGGAAAGAGCCAAUUUUAUGAUUUUAUUCAAUAUAUUUUGACAGUCUUAAUAUAUACUUGACUAAUUUUCUAUACUUUCUAUUACAAUUACAAUUUUGAUUUCCAGUAACGUUCCUUAUUAAAUAUGAAAGAUUUUUAUGUAAUGCUUGAAUGGAAAUCCUGUAAUGUCAGGUAGAAAAUUAACAAAAGUAAUGAGUAAUGAUAAUAUAUAAGAGGAAAAUUAUAUGUUUAUUCAGAAAAAGGUAGAAUAGAAAGGAGGCACUAAUGCACCGUUUAGUGCUUUUGGUCUGGACACAUUUGGUCAUGGAGAUAUACAUGUUUUGUAUGGCAUCCUGCAGCACAUUAACCUACAGGUGUUGUUACAGCUGGGCCUGUAAAUCGUGCUCUAUAUUCAUACGUUGUGAAAGCUGGCCUCUGCUUCCCUCUACUUCCAUAAAUACUUAAUUGUUAAAAAAUCUGGCAACCAGGUAGGCCAAUCUGCUGCAAUCUAGCAGAGACAUUCCUGGAAAUGCAUCCUUGCUGUCUGUGGGUGAGCAUUAUCCUGCUGAAAAAUACCAGUUGUAAGCCAUGUCAGUGACCCUUCUAUGACUACUAGGGGUCACUGACUGUUGUUUGCUAGGAAUGGCUCCCCAGAUCAUUACAGCAGAUUGAGGAAGUGUGUCGAUCCAAAACAAAGCCAGUAUUGAUGCGCUUAAAACAAUGCCUCCAUACUCAAACUUGAAAAUUGCUGGAUUCCAAAUAUAAUCUCAAUUAAUUACUAAAGACUAUAAAGUCCUUUGCAGUCCUUUUCAGCAAUGUAGCAUUUUUUUGUAAAUGAGUGUACAUUUACAAAAACAAGACAGAGCAUCUUCUACUAUAGCAUGUUUACUUUUAUAGCAGUGUUCAAGACGCACAAGAUUUCUGGUACUGUAUGUGUAUUUCUGUGCAUUAUUUUAGGAGUGUCAAGUGGUGUUAAUAUCAUUUUUAGACUCUGUGUAAUCCCUGAGAUAUUUUCAGCUAAUCGUGGGUUGUGUAGGUGUGGACAUACACUUGUGGCAGGAUCUGUGGGGGAACCCUUCUAUUCACAUUCCUUCAUUCUUCUGCUCUUUUCUCUCCACUGCACAGCCUUUUACAGAUCACGGCACAUCUAUUUAAACCCACAGUGGAGUCCUACAGUCCUAAAAAUAACGGUUUUAAAAAGCAUUCUUAGAGAUGAUGCAACAAAAGAACAACUUUGGAUUCUCUAAGGAUCACAUUUUUCGUGGAUGGCUCUUUAUUUAUAAGUUGUUAUCCUAAAUGAGAUGAAAAAUGUAAAAGUUUUUCCAAAUUCUAGAAAAGUUCUUAAUUGAUAAAAACCUUUCACAAUACACUGACAUACCAAAUGUAAUAAAACAGGAACUAAUAUUGUGUCCCAUGACUUUUGCCAUGUCUCAUGUUGGCAUGGACAGUUCUAGCCAGAAACCACCAUUCACGAUUAUUGCCACAUACUGUGCUGUCCACUGUGGAUCUUAAUGAUGUAUUCUCCAUAAACACACAAGACACUGUGGGUUGAGGAAUAUUAAAUGCCCAAACAAAUUCAGACAAUAUGCCUUGCUCCUCAUAUUCAGUUUCACUUAUAAGAUAACACCUCACAACUUGUACAAGUGUGGGCAUUCCCAAGCUGUCACUGGAGGUAACACUUCAUGACCAGUUUAUAUACUGCUGUCCCGAGACUUUUGGCAUGUCAGUGUGUAUUUGGAUAUAAUAUUAGGCUAUAUUAAGGUGGGCUGUAACAACACAUAUACAAAAACCUAUAAAACUACCCAGAGACCAUGCCUGCCUUGGUGUUGAGAUAAUCAUUGUUUUAUUGACAUGUUAAUUGACAGUUCAGUGUAGGAUCCAGACAUUAAAAGGUGUUCCAUAUAUGCCAUCACUUUAAAUAAGUGUUUUAAGGUAUGUAGACCUUUGGGAGAGAUUACUAUGUACUUUUUUUUUAUUUAUAGUAAUAAUCAUUGUUGAGUUUUGGUUUUA